AUGGCUGGAUAUAUUGGAAAGAUAGAAGCGUUUGAUGACACUGUUGAUUCCUGGACAGCGUAUACUGAACGUUUAGAACAGUAUUUUGAAGUGAAUGGAAUAACAGGGGGAAAACGUGUACCUGCGCUCCUCAGUUUAAUUGGGGGAAAGACUUAUGCGUUACUGAGGAAUCUCACAACACCAGAUAAACCAAAGGACAAGAGCUUUAACGAAAUUGUCAAGGUUCUUAAAGAUCAUCUAUCGCCUAAACCGUUGGUAAUAGCAGAACGAUUUCGUUUCCACAAAAGAGAGCAAAAAGAAGGUGAAAGUGUUAAUGAAUAUGUCGCACAAAUCAGGAAACUUUCUGAAUAUUGUGACUUUCAAGACCUGAACAACACGCUAAGGGACCGAUUUGUGUGCGGACUCCGAGAUGAACAAACUCAGAAGAAAUUACUGUCCGUGCAGGGGCUCACCCUGGAUAAGGCAAUCCAAAUAGCGGUCGCUAUGGAAAUUGCAUCAAAAGACGCCUUGGAAUUACAGGGAAAAAGUCGCGAGUCUGGUGUCAACAAAUUAAAAUUCCAGAAAUCGAAAGCAAGGUUUGAAAAACCGAAAAGUGGGAAUUGUUACCGAUGUAACAAAAGUGGCCACAGAGCAGAAGAAUGCAGAUUCAAAGAUGCAACAUGUCACAAAUGUAAGAAGAAAGGACAUAUAAAGGCGGCAUGUCGUGCGAAGGAUAAGUCCUUCCCGAAGAAAGUACAUGCAGUGGAUGAAGACGGCUGUUGUGACUCAGGGUUGUACUCUGUGCAUACCGGAAAAAGGAACGAAAUUAUGGUGGACGUGUGUAUUGACAAAAAAAAGGUCAAUAUGGAAGUCGACACCGGUUCUGCGCUCUCCAUUGUUCCGGAAAAAGUUUUUACAGAAUUGUUUCCCAACAGAAAACUGAAGGACACAAGUGUAACCUUAAUAACUUACUCCGGAGAAAAACUGAAACCUCUCGGAGUAGCUGACGUAAACGUCGUGUACAGAGAUCAACAAGAGAAAUUAGAACUGUAUGUUGUUUCCGAGGGAAAAGCGAUACUUUUCGGGCGUGAAUGGCUACGAAAAAUCAAAUUGGAUUGGAGUUCCCUAAACAACGUUACACUUGAUAACAACGAAUUAUCACAGAAGUUAGAGAAAAUUCUUGAUAAACACAGUGCCGUGUUUACAAUGGAAACUGGAUCCGUCAAUGGAAUUAAGGCGAAUCUCAUCAUGAAGGAAAACGCUAAACCAGUAUUUGUGAAAGCAAGAUCGCUUGCUUACGCGCUGAAACCCAAAGUUGAAAAAGAGUUAGAACGACUUGAAAGUGAGAAUAUCAUUACUAAAGUGCCGACAAGUGAAUGGGCCACGCCAAUUGUGCCGAUAGUUAAGAGAUCAGGUGAUAUCCGAAUUUGUGGGGAUUUCAAAGUUACGAUAAAUCCGCAACUGGAAAUAGAGCAAUACCCCUUGCCUCGCAUCGAGGACAUAUUCGCUUCGUUAGCCGGUGGACAGAAAUUCUCAAAGAUUGAUCUAAAGAAUGCAUAUUUGCAACUAGAAGUAGAAGAGGAAUCAAAGAAGUUUCUCACAAUCAACACGCAUCGAGGAUUAUACCGUUACAACCGACUUCUAUUCGGGGUAGCGUCAGCACCUGCGAUAUGGCAGCGCACUAUUGACACAAUUUUGCAAGGAUUAAGUGGAGUUCAGUGUAUUCUGGAUGAUAUGGUUAUUACGGGUAGGAAUGAUGCGGAACAUCUGGAAAACUUACGUCAAGUUCUACAGAGACUGGAGGAAUAUAACUUGAGAGCGAAUAAAUCCAAGUGUCACUUCUUCAAAGAUCAAAUCGAGUAUUGUGGUCAUUUAAUUGACAAACAAGGAUUACACAAGACCAAGGAUAAAAUUAAAGCCGUGUUGGAUACCCCGGAGCCAACCAACACCACCCAACUCCGUGCAUUUCUAGGGCUCGUGAAUUACUAUCACAAAUUCCUUCCGAAUCUAUCAUCCGUUGCACACCCGUUGCACAAACUCCUGGAAAAGGAUGUCAAAUGGCAGUGGACCAAAGAAUGUCAGGAAGCGUUCGAGGAAGCAAAAAGGUUGGUAACCUCUGAUCAAGUAUUAUGUCACUAUGAUCCAAACUUACCAAUCAGGCUAGCGUGUGAUGCGUCACCUUUCGGAUUAGGGGCAGUGUUGUCACACGUGAUGAAGGACGGGACGGAGCACCCAAUCGCGUUCGCUUCAAGAACUUUGAACAAAGCUGAGAGAAAUUACAGUCAAAUUGACAAGGAAGCUCUAGGUAUUGUCUUUGGAGUGAAGAAAUUCCACACUUAUCUGUAUGGUCGCGAAUUUACCUUGAUAACCGAUCAUCAGCCGUUAGUGUCAAUUUUCAAUCCUAGGAAAGGAAUUUCAGUAACCUCCGCAGCGCGAAUGCAGAGACAUGCUAUAUUUUUGAGUGGAUAUACGUACCACAUUGAAUAUCGCAAUACCAAGCGCCACACGAAUGCAGACGGACUGUCAAGAAUUCCCCAAGAAAAGGAGGAACUUGAGGCCGAGGAAUUAACUGAUGUAGCAGAUAUGUUUACACUCAGUCAAAUGGAACAAAUAUCAUGUCUUACGCACCAAGAAAUUAGAAGAGAAACGUCUAAAGACAAAUGUUUGUCAAAGGUGUACGACUGUAUUGUUAAUGGUUGGACUGAAAACGAGGAUCCAAACCUAAAUGCGUACUUUAAUAGAAAGAAUGAGUUGACUGUGAGUCAAGGCUGCAUCAUGUGGGGAUGCAGAGUUAUCAUUCCACAACGAUUUCGGGAAAGAGCACUUGAAAUGUUCCAUUCAGCUCACCCUGGAAUUGUGCGAAUGAAACUUCUGACGAGAAGCUACGUUUGGUGGCCAGGAAUCGAUUUUGAAAUCGAAAAGCUUGUAAAAGGUUGUGCUGGAUGCCAGAAACAUCGCCACAAUCCGAAAAUAGCGCCCUUACAUCCAUGGGAAUGGCCGUCAGCGCCGUGGAAACGUAUCCACAUUGAUUUCGCAGGACCAUUUUUAGGACACAUGUUUCUUAUCGUCGUGGACGCACAUUCAAAAUGGCCAGAAGUUAUUCCUAUGCAGACAACCACGUCAACCAAAACGAUUAUUACUUUGCGUAAUAUCUUUGCAAGAAACGGAUUACCGGAGCAGCUUGUUUCCGACAAUGGCCCACAAUUUGUGUCUGAAGAAUUUCAAAAAUUUAUGAAGCUAAACGGAAUAAACCAUAUCCGAUCAGCACCCUAUCAUCCAGCAACAAAUGGCCUGGCAGAACGUUUUGUUCAAACUUUUAAACAAGGUAUGAAAGCCAUGGAUAAAGAAAAUGCGGACAUUCAUAAGAAGUUAGCAAAUUUUCUUCUUACGUACCGUAACACACCUCACGCUACAACAAAUGAAACGCCAGCGAUGUUAUUCAUGGGGAGAAACCUUAGAUGCCGUUUUGACCUUAUCAAACCUGACCUGGGACGAACUGUAAAUGAUAAACAAAUGAAAACUGCUAUCACCACUAAAGCAGAGAAAUUAAGAGAAUUUAACACUGGACAACACGUGGCCGUUAGGGAUUAUCGCGGGAAAGAGAAAUGGACCAGCGGAGAAAUCAUUCAGCGCAAAGGACCGUUGAAUUACGAAAUUAAAACACAAACAGGGGGGAUUUGGAAGCGACACGCCGACCAAAUUAGAGAUGCCGAGUUCAAGGCCGAUCCUGAGGAAAAUUCCGAUGCGGUAAUACCAAUUAUCGACGAUAAGGCAGCUGACAGUGAAGCAGGCGAGACGUCUGACCAAUCACCGCCGAUAAUUAAUGCGCCGCCCGAACGAAGAUAUCCGCUGCGAACCAGGAAGCCCGUGGUCAAACUGAAUUUGUGA